GUUGUAGAGUCGCGGGCCAGAGCGCACUGAGUGCGGAAAUAGCUGCGCGUCGUAAUUUUAGUGGAAUCGGGGCAACGCGGCCGCGGCCCGAAAUAGCGGCGCGUGCGUCUUCCCGCUGUCAAUUUCGUCCGGAUAGGGUGCACGAUUAGCAGUUACCGGCGCCUCUCCACCGAGCCCGGAGCUGUGGGUGCAUUUCCCCGCCCCGGCUCGCUCCCGAACUGCAUGGUUGCAUAAGUGUGACAUACCUACAACUAUGUGUCCGAAAAGCUCGCUACGUGUCCAGAAAGUGAUUCUGUUAUCUCCAGUGUUUUAAGUUUUAACCCCCAGGAUUAACUCAAAACUAAGAUGUUAAAAGGCCGGGGUCGUGCCUCGUUGGGAACUCAGCAGUUCCCGCGCCCGGCGCCGGGGACGCCACAGUUCGCACGCCAGACGCCGGGCACGCCGCAGACUCGCCAAGUGCCAAGCACGCCACAGUUCGCCCGCCAGGCCGCGCCUGCGCCGCGCGCGCCCCUCGCCAAGCCGGAGCCAGACUACGAGGUGGUGGAGUUCCCUGCCGAGGAAUAUGUCAACGCCAAGUUGCAGCCACCGCCUACGCCUCCGAGACCGCCGACAGGUCACCCAGUGGAUGCGGGCGCCUCAUGCGGGCUGUGCGGCGGCGGCGGUGCGCGCGUGCGCUGCGCCGAGUGCGGCCGCCGCGCGCUCUGCGCCUCCUGCGACGACAUGUACCACCGCCAUCCCAAGCGCAGGAACCACCAGAGACAGGCUCUGUCCGUGACGCAGUUACGCGAAGAGCAGCGUCCGCCGCUGCCGCCUAAAACUGCCGCUCCAGUGCCACCACCUCGACGGCACAAGAUAAGCGGAGACCGAUCGAGUGCUAGCCCUAGACCUCCCUUACAAGAGCAGACACGUCGAGCUACGCUCGGUUCCAUCAACACUAUGACGGCACAUAACCAAGCGCCGGCGCGACCUUUAAGCAACCACGGUGUUCCGCAGCCCAUACCUCCCCACCUGAGCAAGAUAUUGCCGCCGGCGCCUUCCGCUCAUGUCGGCAGCAUGCCUUAUUUGCCGACGAGUCCGUUUCAAGCUGCCGCUCCCGCGCCCCAAGCAAUGCCGUACCACAACAACACGAUGGGUCAUGCACCGCAGACGUGGGGGCGGCCCAGGCCGUCCCUUCCGCCUUAUACCAUGCAGGUCCAACAGCCAAUGAUGCAUGAACCUUGGGACGGGCCCGAGAUGCUACCUCAAGCUCAGACCUGGGGCCGGCCCAUGCGGCGCGGCGCGUCGGUGCUCGAGCUGGGCCAGCCGGCGCCGCCGUGCGCGGGCUGCGCGCACUGCGCCGGCGCGCCGUGGCGCUACGGCAGCUGCGCCAGCCUCGACCCCGCCGCGUGGGGCUGGCAGUGCUGCCCGCCGCAGCAUAUGCAUCCGCACGCUCAUAUGCAUUCGGCGAUGACUCCUCAACCUUAUCGCAGAGCCGACAGCCGCGCAAUGUCUCGCGCGGCGUCCCGCGCCGGCUCCCGCGCCGCGUCCCCCGCCAUGAGCGUGCGCUCGCGCGCGUCGCGCCGCACCAAGCACCGCACGCCCUCGCCGCCGCCGCUGCCCUCCAGCGACGCCGACUCCGAGAGCGAGCAGAGCGACCAUCGCGACCCGCCGAAACUGCAAAGUCCCGCUAGAAAAAUCACUCAGCCUAAAGUCCAAAGUCCGGUGCGGAUAGCUACUACUACUAGUCAGCCCGAAGUAAAUAGUUUAGGGCCGGCGCCCCCGCCGCCGGAAUCGUCGUGGCAGUGCGAGCACUGCACGUUCGUGAACGAGCCGGGCGAGCGCGUGUGCGCGGUGUGUUGCCGCACGCCGACCACGGCGCCCAAGGUCGUGGCCAACGGCGCCGCCGACGCCGUGGCGAACCUACACAUCUCCGACCCGGCUGGCUCAAGUGCCACUCGCCAGAAACAAACCGGGCGAGCGCGUGUGCGCGGUGUGUUGCCGCACGCCGACCACGGCGCCCAAGGUCGUGGCCAACGGCGCCGCCGACGCCGUGGCGAACCUACACAUCUCCGACCCGGCUGGCUCAAGUGCCACUCGCCAGAAACAAAGUUACCGGGCGAGCGCGUGUGCGCGGUGUGUUGCCGCACGCCGACCACGGCGCCCAAGGUCGUGGCCAACGGCGCCGCCGACGCCGUGGCGAACCUACACAUCUCCGACCCGCACUGCACGUUCGUGAACGAGCCGGGCGAGCGCGUGGGCGCGGUGUGUUGCCGCACGCCGGCCACGGCGCCCAAGGUCGUGGCCAACGGCGCCGCCGACGCCGUGGCGAACCUACACAUCUCCGACCCGGCUGGCUCAAGGGCCACUCGCCAGAAACAAAAUGGCGAGGUACCCAAAGUCCAGUCGAAAAUAGAGAAGUCUUCUACCGGUUGCGGCCCAUCCCCGCCGAGGGAAAACAAACCUAAUAGACAACCAACAAGCCGGCUCGUCACGCCGGCGCGGGACGUGAACGACCAGUCUCGGCGACACGACGUGGCCGUGGGGCCAUCGCCGCCCAAGGAAGUUCGGAAUAGGGAAGUCAAUGGCAGAACAUCUUAUAAUGGAAAUGAACAAACGCGGCACAGCGUAUCUGUCGGUCCAUCGCCGCCUCGCGAGGAAACCCGUUCCGUGGCGCGAACACCGCCGGACCCAGCAACACGGCACACCAUUUCGGUGGGGCCUUCACCGCCACGAGAGAGCACGAACCAAAAAAAGUCCGCUGGCGCUUCCCCGCCUCGGGGAAGCGUUGAUCACCGCGGCCGCUCGCCGUUUAGCCGAUCGAGUGUUUCCAAUACGGGUACAUCACCACCACCUCAAAGUAUUUCAACUCAGACGUAUGAAGUUCCAACACCAUGGGAGCGCGAGCGUGAGCGAGAAAAAGAACGCGAGCGAGAGAAGGAACGUGAGCGAGAAAAGGAACGUGGGCGAGAAAAGGAGCGCGAGCGGGAAAAGGAGCGCGAGCGAGAAAAGGAGCGCGAGCGAGAACGGGAACGUGAACGAGAAAGGGCAAAGGAGAGGGAACGAGCUCCAUCGGUCCCGCGGUCGCGUUCCCGUCGACGGAUCCGGGACGAAGCUCACCGCGAACGCUCGCACAGCAGGCAUUCGCUAUCUAGUGACACACGGGAGAGCGAGCGCAGCGUGCGCACGACCGGGCGCUGGGAGUGGCGCUCGCCGCGCGACAGCAGCCCGGCGGGCGACAGCGACGCCGGCCGCCGCCGCCUCACGCGCCGCGCCUCGCACCUCGACCUGCGCCGCGCGCGCCCGCAGCGCCGCUCCAGCUUCUACGGCUCCGAGGCGGCGUCUCCUGAGCCGCUGGGAUACAACCGCACGGUGUCGAUGGAGGCUCUGGGAGUGGGCGCGGCGCGCGAGGCGGAGCGCGGGCUGGAGCUGGCGCGGCUCAUGGACGCGGCCGAGCGGCUCGGCUUCAGCGCGGCGGAAGUGCAGGCGGCGCUGGCGCAGAGCCCCGCAGCUCCACUGGCGUGGUUGCGCGAGCGCUGGCCGAGCCUGGUGGCGGGCGUGCAGGCGGCGGCGGCGCGGCUGGCGGCCGGCGCGAGCGUCUCGGAGCUGGAGGCGCGCGCCGCACUGGCGCGCCACCGCGCCGCCAUGUGGCCCGCCGUCACCGAGUGCGUCGAGCGCUACCGCCGGCAGGCGGAGGAGGGCAGCGUCGGUGAGGAGCGGCGGUUGCGCGGGCGCGUGUGGGGCUCGCCGGCCGGCGCCGACGUGGACGCCGCGCCGCCGCUGCCCGCCGACCGACUAGUGCGCGCAGACGACAGUUCAGAUGAAUUCGAAGAGCCGAUACCGAAAACAUUUCAAGAUGAUGACUGGAUGUACUUGCCACUCCCGGCCAAAACUCCGAGGGUGUUUGACAUGGAUCUCGACAGAGAUAUUUGGGGUUUACCUGUUCACAAUAAGCUGGACUAUUUAGGAAAUAAUAUUGCUUCGGUUCCGAUAGAUUUCGCAUCGGUUCCGCCAGACUUUGCUUCAACUCCGACAGAUUUUGCUUCGGUACCGACAAAUUUCGCUUCAGCUCAAACAAAUUUCACGUCUAUUCCGACUAGUAGCAAGGUAAAGGCAGAGAAACUUAUGAGUGCUCCUGAUAUUCCAAACACACAAGAGAAAGUAGACGCAAUAGAUACUGAAGACAUAGCGCAAAAAUUAAAAGCGUUACUUAUACAAGCAGGGUUUCCGUCUAUCAAUGACAAUUUACUUUUGAAAGGUUUACUAGCAGAUAGCAAUAAUCUGGCACAAAGCAAAGAUGCUGAUACUACUUUAGAUAAUCAUUCAGAACAAAUAUUAGAUAGCAAUAAUUUAGAAGUAAGAACAGAUGCUAAUAUUAUCGUUGAUAACAUUGAUAACAAACCAAUACAAGUAGCAGAUAGUAAUAACGUGAAAAAUAAGACGGCUGCUAACAUUACUUUAGAUAAGAAACCGGAACAAACACAGUCGCUCGACCUCGGUCAAUCCGAAAAUGAUUUCAUAAAUGCUUACAAUGCAUUGACUAGGCACAGCCCUUUACCUAGUCUUAGUAAUGAUGGUGCUGACGAUAGUCUAAAUUUAAGUAACUUUAAUGGAAGUAGUAAUAAGUUAUCAUUAAAUGAUAACAAUGCCGAAUUCCUUAAAACUAUAGAAACACUACCACCAUCUGAGCAAGACAAUACAAUUAAGAUUGUGCCAAUUAAUGGUCAAAUGAGGAAUAUUAUUUCAAACGUUGCUUUGGAUACCACGGUUCAAGAAGCUGUAUCCAAUGUUAGUAAAGAAAAGACUGAAACAAAUUUUGAGAGUAGAAAUCAAACUUCUGCUAAACAUAUCAUAAAGUCAAAAAACAAAUUACUUACAACAAAGAAGUCACCCGCAAACAUAACAGAACGCGAGAAUAUCGUCAUAGACAAUGAUAAAUCAAAGAACUUGAACGAUAUUGUAGAUAAUACACAAAAACUUAUCCAGCAAAUGAAAGCUGAAAUUAAUUCAGACAUUAAUUCUCUCGAUGAUUCAAACUCGUCACAUAGUGAGGCUGAGAGUAGUUCUAAUGACUCCGAUUUAUCAACUGAUCAUGAAUCUUCAUACAGUGAGUCUGAUGAAGAAACUACAGAAAAUAAAGAUUAUACGAGUAGUGAAAAUGAAGACGGAGAAGUGCAUCAAAAUACCGAAAAAGGCACUCCAGUCUUAGAUAGGACCAGUUCUGAGGAAAACGAACAAUUUGAGGAAGCAAUGGAUCAUAUAGAAGCACAAACCGAUGCCAUACAACAAACAAACUAUGAAAUACUAAAUUCCAUUGCACGGAGCCUACAAGAAGAACAUACGUUAUCUAUUCAGUCAGGAAUAGAAACAGACAAAAUAGAAACACAUCCAAAACCUCAGGACGUCAACAACAAUUUUGCUACGGUUAAUACAUUUGAAGAGAUUUAUGAAGAAGUUAGCACGGACCAACCUGUCUUACAAAAAAAUAAUUCUAAACAAGAUUAUAUGGUACCAAAAAUCGGAAAAUCACCUUAUAUUAAACAAGAUAUAAACCUAAUGGUUUUCAACCCCGUACCCGCAUCAGUAGCAACAGUAAGUGAAAAUAUACUACCGAUAAUAACUAAUGCAACUAUCGAAGAAUUGCCAUUCAUAGACGAACCACUAGAAACCCAUUAUAAUAUGUUAGAUAAUGAAACUAUCGUAGAAUUAAACAUUAAGGAAUCAUCCGAAGAAGAUAAUGAUGAUAAUGCCACUAAUAUUAUUCAAAUCGUAGAAAAUAUUGCUAAUGACGCUAAUAUUGCUAUUGAAACUGAUAGCAAAAUUUCUACUUCAUCGCCAAUUACCAUUAACACUACUGAUGAAAUUGUGGAACAACUAAUCGUAAUCACAAAUACCCUUCAAAAUAAUUUGAACGAAAUAGAAAAUUCUGAAUUAUCUCAAUCUGAUAUUGCAAACACUGAUAAAGAGGAUGAAGAUAAGGAAAUGCAUAUAAACAACGACAUCGAUAAUAACACGCCUCAGACUGAAGGUAUAAGUAUACAUAACCAAGUUAUUGAAGCAGAAUCAGAGUCGAGAUCUAGUACAUCGCCAGAUAAAAAAUCAUUAAGUCCUCCUAGAGAUAAGGAAAUGCAUAUAAACAACGACAUCGAUAAUAACACGCCUCAGACUGAAGGUAUAAGUAUACAUAACCAAGUUAUUGAAGCAGAACCAGAGUCGAGAUCUAGUACAUCACCAGAUAAAAAAUCAUUAAAGAUGACUCCUAAAGAUGAGAAGAAUACCCCUACCAGGUCCAACAUACCAAAGCCUGUUAAGAUCUUGCCUAGCAUUAAACAGAAAGUAGACAAGAUUGCUCCGAAGGUACUUGUUUCCAAAGUACCUGUACGGCGAGCAUCUAUAAAACAUAAUCCCGCACCGAGUCCCCCUAAAGCUCAUUUUGGGAAUAUCAGCAGCGGCCAUGUGAAGCAACUGCAAUCUAAGUUAUUUAAUCCAAAAACUGGGAAAGCACCAGCAAAUAGUAUAGCGGUUAAACCGUCAACAUCGACUUUGAAUAAGAAGAAGCCUGCUCCGCAACCCCCUUCGAAAUCACAACAACUUAAACAACCCUCUCCGCCAAAAACGCCUUCAAAAGAAAAGAAGCAGCCAUUUUUCCGCGAGACAUGUCGCACUGAAGACGAAUGGUCCGAGAGUGAUUCUGACGAUUCGCAAGUGCAAGUCGUGGUCAAGCCAGAGCCGGAGCCGGAGCGACGACCGCCAUCGCCGCCGCCGCCGCUCACUUUGCGUCGUGUCUCCGGACAGCUGAUCGACUUGGCUCACGUGCGGCUUCCAGAGGGCUCCCCUGAGAGGCAAGCGCGUAUGCUGUUGGCCGAAGGCGCGGCCGAGAGCUGGGAGCAGGCGCAGCUGGCGGUGGAGCUGGUGGCGCGCGGCGCCGACGCGCCCGCCGCGCUGCUGGCCGCGCUCGAGUGCGCCGACCUGCCCGCCGCGCUCGCCUACCUGCACCAGGACUGCGAGCUGUGCGCCUCCCGCCUGCCCGAGCACCAGAUGGUGUCAAUGCUGCGCUGCACCCACCGCUGCUGCCGCGAGUGCGCGCGCCUGUACUUCACCGUGCAGGUGACGGAGCGCAGCGUGGUGGACUGCGUGUGCCCGUACUGCAAGGAGCCCGAGCUAGAAACGUUGGAAGAGGACGCCUGGCUCGAGUACUUCGCGCACCUCGACAUACUGCUCAAAGUGCUCUUGGACGCAGACGUGCACGAAUUGUUCCAGAGAAAGUUGCGAGACCGGACUCUAGCGAGAGACCCGAACUUCAGAUGGUGCGUGGAGUGUUCGUCGGGAUUCUUCGUGCAUCCGAAGCAGAAGAAACUUCGGUGUCCCGAAUGUAGGUCGAUCAGCUGCGCCACUUGCAGGAAACCGUGGUCAACGAAUCACGAAGGCCUGAGCUGCGAGCAGUACGCUGCGUGGCUAGAGGACAAUGACCCCGAGCGCUCGGCCGCCGCCGUGCAGCAGCACCUCCGCGAGAACGGGCUCGAGUGCCCGCGCUGCCACUUCAAGUACUCGCUGUCUAGAGGCGGCUGCAUGCACUUCACGUGCACGCAAUGCAAGUACGAGUUCUGCUACGGCUGCGGGAAACCGUUCACUAUGGGCGCGCGCUGCGGCCUCAGCGACUACUGCGCGAGGCUGGGGCUGCACGCGCACCACCCCAGGAACUGUCUCUUCUAUCUGCGCGAUAAGGAGCCGCAUGAACUGCAGACGCUAUUGCAGAUGAACAACGUAACAUUCGAAGUGGAGGCGCCAGAGGGGUCUCCGACGCGCUGCCCGGUGCAGCUGCAGCGCGAGACGCCCGCCGGGCUCGUGGACGGCGCGUGCAACGCCGACGCGCCGCCCAAGCACGCCGGCCUCUGCAAGAACCACUACCUGGAGUACCUGAGCCGGCUGGUGCGGCGGCGCUCGAUCGACCCGCUGCCGAUCCUCGGCAUCGACGACCUGGAGACGCUCGUGAAGCGCGCGGCUCUGCGGCCGCCGCCGCGGCCCUACGGCUCGCUCGACGGCCUGUACCGCCGCGGCCUCAUCGAGAUCGUGAAAGAAAAAAUACCCUUGGAUUGAUGGCAGUUUCUCUACAUGCCUACCAUCAUACAGAUUCAAACGUCACAAGAAGCUACUGUAUUCCAGUCUCUUGAAAUGAUAUUGUUAUUUAUAUUAUU